AUGCAGUGGCUUACCAUUUAUGUUUUCCUUUUGGAAUUUUGUAAAGUCUUUGUCAAAGUCAUUGGCACUUCAUCUGAAUUCAGCUUGCAGGGAGAUUAUUUGUUGGGCGGAUUGUUUUCAUUAAAUAGCGUUUCUACUAAAGUACGCCAUUCCUACCCAGUGGCCCUUGAGUGUUUCAGAUACAGUUUUGAUGAGUCUUCUUAUCGGAUGUUCGAGAUGAUGAGGUAUACGGUGAAAGAGAUUAAUAACUCUUCCACUCUCCUUCCUGAUGUCUCUCUCGGCUAUGAGAUCUUUGACUAUUGUUCGGCCAUGCAGAAUUUCCCCUCUGUAUUUAAUUUUAUGUCCAAGAAUGGAUCUAUUCCAGUUCUGAAAUAUUUUAACAAAUAUGAGCCUAAAAUAAUUGCUGUGACAGGGCCAUACGGCAGCUCUAGUACCAUUACAGUGGCGCCUUUAUUCACGUUAGCUCUUGUUCCAAUGGUGAAUUAUGGAUCAACAAGUUAUCAACUGAGUAAUAAAUACAUUUACCCUUCCUUUUUAAGAACAGUGCCUAACAACAAAAACCUGGUCGACAUAAUUAUUCACAUUAUUAAAUGGUUUGGAUGGAACUGGGUUGCGUUUAUUGGUAGCCAGGAUGACUACAGCCAAGAUGGCCUGAAUUUCUUUAUCCAGUAUGCCAAAAACAACAACAUCUGCUUGGCCCAUCAGGAUUUGCUUAAUCAAACCUCUAACUACAUUUCCACACUGAAUACUAUUGAAAAGCGCAACAUUAAAAUCAUAGUGGUUUUUUCAUCCCAAGAAGUAGCAACAAACCUAAUCAGAGCUGCUAUAAAGAACAAAAUUGUAAAUAAAGUUUGGAUUGCUAGUGAGGUUUGGUCUAUGAAUAAGCAGCUCCCGAGUGAACCAGGAAUACAAAACAUUGGAAAGAUUUUUGGCAUUACAGAACAGCAAGUGUCUUUUCCUGGAUUUAAACAGUUCAUCUACAACAGACAGAGUAACAUCAAUGAUAAAUACCUGAGAAAUAGCAAAGCAUAUGCCUCUCAGAAAGAAGAAAAAAUGUGCAACCAGGACUGUAAUAACUGCUCACUUUUAAGUCCAGAGGAAAUUUUCAAUGAAAAUCCCACAUUUUCUUUUCCUAUUUAUGCUGCGAUCUACACCAUGGCCACUGCAUUACACAAAAUUCUACAGUGUAAUGCAAAUGGGUGCAACAAAAGCAUUCCAGUUUACCCCUUCAUGCUUUUAAAGGAAAUGAAGAAGCUGGAUUUUCCUCUUAAUGGCCGUAAAGUAAAGUAUGAUCAACAUGGAGAUCCACAUGUAUUUUAUAGUGUGGUCUUCUGGCGUCUUGAAACCAGUCCUCCAGUGUUUGAAAGAAUUGGCACAUACAGCUCAUAUCCAGAAAUUGCAUUCACCAUCAACAACUCCCUUAUAAGUUGGGGCAGAAAUGCGUCUGUUCCUUUCGCAAACUGCUCAACUGAAUGUUCACCAGGAUACAGAAUGGAAAAGGACAAAAAUUAUGCAUGUUGUUUUGUGUGUAAAAUAUGUGAAAUAAACACCUAUGUAAACUAUACACAAGACCCCUACACCUGCAAAUCGUGUAAUCUCGACCAGUGGUCAGAAGAGGGCAGCACAUCGUGCCAAAAGCGCACCAUUCUGUAUCUUCAGAAAACAAACCCUCUUUCCAUUAUAAUUACGGUAUUUGCUGCCACUCUUCUAGUUUUGUGUGUUGCAGUUGUCAUGCUGUUCUCAUACAAUUAUAAUACCCCAGUUGUAAAAUCUGCUGGAGGCAAUAUGUGUUUUAUCAUGCUCGCUUCUUUGGCUUUGGCCAGUAUAAGUGUGUUCUUUUUCCUGGGACAGCCAACAGAGAUGCACUGUAUUUUCAGAAAUGUAAUGUUUUACUUUUUCUACUCCGUCUGCCUUUCUUGCAUGACCGUCCGCUCCUUUCAGAUAUUCUGCAUUUUUAAAAUGUCUGCCAAAUUUCCUAAGAUCAACAGGUUGUGGGUGCAAUAUAAUGCCCAAUGGAUUGUCACUGGCACCCUUUCAGCUGUUUCAGCAUUUGUUUGCAUUUUAUGGAUAAGUCAGAAAACACCCAGUCCUAAAAAUAUUUAUGUAGAUGAUACACUUAUCCUUAGCUGUUCACCAGGGAACGAACAGACAUUUUUCAUCAGUGUGUUCUUCACUUGGUCCCUCAGUGUCCUCUGUUUCUCCUUUUCCUAUAUGAGCACAGAUUUACCAAAAAACUACAAUGAGGCCAAAUCUAUAACAUUCAGCAUGCUUUUGUUUUUUAUUAGCUGGUCUUUCUACUUUACAGUGACUAAGUUUCCUCUAGGGUUGUACAUCCAGUUCUUCAAUGCUGGGGCCCAGUUGUCCAGUUUAUAUGGCAUCCUAAUGAGCUACUUCAUUCCAAAGUCUUAUGUUAUCAUUUUUCAGCCACAAAGAAACACUCAAGCAUACUUUCAGACAUCAAUUCAGAAUUAUACACAAACCAUGAGCAGGAUGUAG